UCCCGGGCGCGCGGACCGGCCGCAGGAAGUUGCUGCAAAACUUUUUUGGGGGGUGCAGCCGGGUGCCCCCCGCGCGCCGGGGCCGGAUGCGCGCCGGGUAGGGUCCCCCGGGUCGAGAGGGGUGCCCCGAGGGAAGAGCGCGGAGGGGGCGCCCCGGCCCCGCUGCCCUGGGGCUAUGGCCAUGGUGACCGGCGGCUGGGGCGGCUCCGGUGGCGGCGGCGGCGACACGAACGGCGUGGAUAAGGCGGGCGGCUACCCGCGCGCGGCGGAGGAAGACUCGGCCUCACCCCCCGGCGCCGCCAGCGACGCUGAGCAAGGCGACGAGGAGCGGCCGGGGCUGCAGGUGGACUGCGUGGUGUGCGGGGACAAGUCGAGCGGCAAGCACUACGGCGUCUUCACCUGCGAGGGCUGCAAGAGCUUCUUCAAGCGGAGCAUCCGCCGCAACCUAAGCUACACCUGCCGGUCCAACCGUGACUGCCAGAUUGACCAGCAUCACCGGAACCAGUGCCAGUACUGCCGCCUCAAGAAGUGUUUCCGGGUGGGCAUGAGGAAGGAGGCGGUGCAGCGCGGCCGCAUUCCGCACUCGCUGCCUGGCGCCGUGGCAGCGUCUUCGGGCAGCCCCACGGGCUCUGCGCUGGCGGCGGCUGGCGGAGACCUCUUCCCGGGGCAGCCGGUGUCGGAGCUGAUCGCGCAGCUGCUGCGCGCCGAGCCCUACCCUGCGGCGGCUGGGCGCUUCGGCGCGGGUGCAGCGGGCGCGUUCGGCGCAGGGGGCGGCGCAGCGGGCGCGGUGCUGGGCAUCGACAACGUGUGCGAGCUGGCUGCGCGGCUGCUCUUCAGCACCGUGGAGUGGGCGCGCCACGCGCCCUUCUUCCCCGAGCUGCCGGUGGCUGACCAGGUGGCGCUGCUGCGCCUCAGCUGGAGCGAGCUCUUCGUGCUGAACGCGGCGCAGGCGGCGCUGCCCCUGCAUACGGCGCCGCUGCUGGCCGCCGCCGGCCUGCACGCCGCACCCAUGGCCGCCGAGCGCGCCGUGGCCUUCAUGGACCAAGUGCGCGCCUUCCAGGAGCAGGUGGACAAGCUGGGCCGCCUGCAGGUCGACUCGGCGGAGUACGGCUGCCUCAAGGCCAUCGCGCUCUUCACGCCUGAUGCCUGUGGCCUCUCAGACCCAGCGCAUGUGGAGAGCCUGCAGGAGAAGGCCCAGGUGGCCCUCACCGAGUAUGUGCGGGCCCAGUACCCAUCGCAGCCCCAGCGCUUUGGGCGCCUGCUGCUGCGGCUCCCUGCCUUGCGUGCCGUCCCCGCCUCCCUCAUCUCCCAGCUGUUCUUCAUGCGCCUGGUGGGCAAGACACCCAUCGAGACGCUGAUCCGAGACAUGCUGCUGUCGGGAAGUACCUUCAACUGGCCCUACGGCUCGGGCCAGUGACUGGACAGGGCCGGGUCUGCAGACCUCCACGGACACAUAUGCUCAAGCCUCCAGUGGGGGCCCCCAGGCAGAGGACCCCGGCUUCCCUCCUCAGACUCCUGUUUUUUAAAGACUGUGAAAUGUUUGUGUUUUUUGUUUUCUAAGUGAUCAUGAAACCAAAAAGAGACUGUCUAGGCUCCAGCCAAGUCUUCCCCAGAAGCCCUGGUCAAGAUGAGGGGCGAGACUGAGGGUCCAACCCCAGGACAGCCGUGUCCCUUGGUGCCCCAAGCAUGUACUCAUGGUGCAGUGGCUUCUCUGGUGUGAUGGACAAAGUCCUGGCAUCUGGACUGGAGGGGCAGCUGCACCCGGGCAGGGGUAGCGUGUACCAGGCGGAUCCUCUGGACACGUAAUCCCCGUUGGACACUACAUGAUGGAUGAAUCAAGGCCAAUAAUAAAGAAGUUUCCUACCUGCACA